AGAAUCCAACUUCCUUUAAGGUUUGCAAACACAGGUGGGACAAUUCCUUAGAAUUGUCAACACCGUUGAGUGUAACUCUUUGACGUGCUUUGUUUUUUCGGGUAACAGGUGCCCCAUCUACAUUCCUAUAAAUAUUCCUGGGAUCUGCACAUCCAGCACAUGCAAGAAACCCUCCCGAGAGAGACGUUGGACCAUUUGCCCAGAAGAAGGAAGGCAAAGAGAAGAACCGGAAGAUGGGACCAGUGGCCUCUUUUGGGCUCUGCUUCCUGGGCUGCCUGGCCUUUAGCCUCUCUGUGGAAGCCAAGAUUUGUCCGGAAAACUGGAUGUAUUACAAGGACAAUUGCUAUGGCUAUUUCCCCGAAAAGAAGGACUGGACAGAGGCGGAGAAAGAAUGCCAGAGCCGGAACGCCCACCUGGUCUCUAUCCUGAGCAAAAAGGAAGCCUGCCGAGUCCAGAAGUUCCUGUCCAGAUUCCAACCUGAUGGGAACAUCUGGAUCGGGCUCCACAACCCCAGCAAGUUCCUAGGCCACUCCUUCUGGGAAUGGUCAGAUGGCCAGCACAUGGACCACAGCCAGUGGAAUCUCGGGGAGCCCAACAACUCGGGAAACAGAGGAGAGUUCUGCGCAGAGAUCUGGCGCCCCUCGGCAUUUAAGAAGUGGAACGACGAAGUCUGCGAACGGAAGAACAGCUUCAUCUGCAAGCUCAGCUUGGAGGAAACCGAAGUGGAGUGCUGCCUCUGAGCCGCCAGAAAGUCCUCCAAGUGCCACCUUGGCUUCCCACCACAGAGGCUGGAUGGCCAUCUGUCAAGAGGGCUUGGGUGGUGCCUUCCUGCCUGGCAAGAUGGGGCUGGACUGGAUGACCUCUCAGGCCCUUUUCAACUCUAGGAUUCUGUCAUUUCUUCCUUCCUUCCUUCCAUCCAUCCAUCCCAAUAAACUCUUUUUGUAAAGCAA